UGGCAUGUCAAUAAGUUGCGCUCUCUGAGAGGGUUGUAUGCUUCUCGAAUGGUAACCCACGCUGCUUUGCCAAGAGAGCGACUACGCCUCUGGCUUUCAGUUUGUUGUGGCCCCUUUAUUUAUUUAUUUUGCCGGUGGUUUAUAUUCUCCUCCCGUUAAGAUUCAAAUGUCCAGGUAAUCAAAUCGAAUCAAUCUAGUUCUCCUGUGCUUUAGAAUCAAGAACAAUUGCCAUUUGAAAUUGGAACAUUCAUUUGCAACUGCAUCACUUGUGGGCAACAACACGAAGUUCUAGCGUUUAUAAUUGCAAAACACUUGUGACAGCAGCAACUCCCGCGUGCACGGAAGCAAGAAGCGACUUGAACCCCAGUUUAAUAAGCGAAAACUCGUGAUAAAAGCACUGACAUAGAUUAAUUGCAGCAUUUUUAAAACCAAUUCAGUCAGAGCAGAGAAGCAAAGUGGCGGCAAACAGCUGUGCCACGCGCAGGCGACACAUGUUUCGGUUUCGAGUUCGUGUCUUUCACUCUAUUAAUUAAAAUUUGCUUAUUUAGUUUCAUAUAUAAAAUGAAUACACGCCGUCGGUCCAUAGCUCCACCACAAAACGUUUACGCCAUUAAUGCCAGAAUAUGUAAUUUGGUGAAACUACAUCCUUGUCUAUACGAUCGUCACGAUGACAACUACUUGCGGAAAUCGACUGUGAAAAAUGCGUGGAAGGAAAUAUCUAAUGAGCUGCGAAUUACGGUUGAAAGCUGCAAGGAACGUUGGCACAACAUUCGCUCCAGCUAUGGCCGCUCUAUUAAGCAGCAUCACGGUGAGAAUACGUACUAUCUUAAAAGCGAGCUGACGUUCCUGCAAAGGCACAUUACUCCCGGAGUUCCCUUUCCGCUCAGAGGUCGUAGGUCAAGACCCAGGGCUCAGAUGGAGCACGACGAAGCAGAUGUCAAAACUUCCCUAGAGGCAAUCCUUGAGAUGGUGCACUCCCCGAGCUCUCUGGAUUCGGAGCAUGCGCAGAGCCGCCACAGCACCGACUCUGCAUCGGCGACGGAAGUUGAGACAUCACAAUGUAAUAAUGAUACAUCAUCAAUCAUGGAUUUCGAGGGCACGGUACCUGCAGAAAUGCGCACAGUGAGCGACAGCGGGAAGACAUCAACCCGCAGUAUUGAAGCAUGGCCAAUGGAUUUCGAUGACGCAUUCCUGCAUGGACUGCGUCCCGAAAUCAAGCACAUGAACUUCAGCCAGAAGCUGUACUUCAAGCGUCGUGUGUACGACCUGCUUGGCGAGAUAUUCCAUUCCGAGGAGUCAGCCUCACCAACACACCCGGCGCAGCCGCAUCCCAGGGAGAAUGUCAACGGAACGCUAUCCACAACCUCGUGUCCCUCCCCGGCGAAUCCACUGCAGCACUUGGGACUAACGUUGCAGCUGCCAAAGCGGGUGGCCAAUGCAAGCCAAGAUUUGUAGCUUGCGAACUGCUCAUAGCAAAGCUUUAAUCCACUGAUAUCGAAUUUAUGUACAGUACAUAGGACAAAUAACAUUUUAAAUUGUUUUUAGGAAUGUCCCCAUAAUGUAUAAACAGCCUAAUGUGAAGUUGACAUAAAAACUAAAUAAAUGAAUUUUUGUAAAUUCAAAA